UCUUCGUACGAUAUUCGUACACAAACUGUUGACGGGCUUCGUAAUUGUCACAUCGCGACUUGCGCGAGUUCUGAUUCAACUAAGAAAGUUACAACAAAUUAUAAUUUAUUUAUAAACCAUGAUACUCUAUUAUUUAACGGGAACACUAUUGUUACUUUGGAUCCAUGUUUUAUGGAGUCGUAGAGCAUUUUAUAAAUUAAUAUGGAAAAUAUCUGGGCCGUUGGGCUACCCCAUUGUGGGCAUGGCCCAUCGGUUAAUGAGAAGGGAAGAUAUUUUAUCAGCAUUUAAAGAAGAAGAACAAAAGUUCGGACAAACUUUCUUUUCUUGGCUCGGACCAUAUCCCUUUUUGGUUGUUGGCGACCCCCAAAUAGCGCAAGAUAUUUUAACUUCUCCUCACUGCGUUAACAAGAGCUUCAUCUAUAGCGCUUUGGAUGAUGGCGCUGGAAGAGGGCUGUUUAGUUUACCAAAUCCAAAGUGGAAUUUGCAUAGACGUCUUCUAAAUCCUGCAUUCGGGCAUAAGGUUCUUCUGAACUUAAUGCCCAUAUUUAAUCAAGAAGUGAAUAAACUCAUAAAAACAUUUGAAAUGCUUUUAACGGAAGAAGUCGAUUUGACAAAAGUUUUCCAGAACUUUACAUUGAAGAUUGCAGCACAAACGACAAUGGGCGACAAAAUUCCCUCAGACGGCAUAAAUAAUUUUUCCGAAGGAUUAUUGAGCUGUUAUAAAUGUGUUCAGGAUUGCAUGACUCAGAUGUGUUUUUCACCUUGGCUACAUUUCAAGGCAUUCAACUAUUUCUGGAAGAAUAAAGACUCCUAUAAAGAGGCAAAAUCGCAAAUCCGAACUUAUAUUCGCAAUUUAAUAAAACAAAAGACCAUGUACGAGCCGGAAUUAUCGGAGAACAAAAGGGCAUUAGAUCAAAAUAUUUUUAUACAUCGCGCUCUCAAUUUGGUUCAAAAAGGGCAUUUCGAUUGGCAGAACGUUGAAGAUGAAUGUAAUGUGAUUGUGUUUGGGGCUUUCGAGACUACUUCAAACACCCUCGUGUACAUACUGAUGUUGCUAGCAAUGUUUCCACAGUAUCAGGAUAAAGUUUUUGAUGAAGUCUGUUCCAUAUAUUCCAGUAAAGACGAUAAUGAAGUCACCUACAGCGACACACAACAGAUGAUUUACUUGGAUAUGGUGAUUAACGAAACGAUGCGAGUGAUGGCGCCGGUGCCAUUGGUGGCAAGGCAAACCGAACAAGAAGUUCGUCUAAGUAAUGGUGUUAUAAUUCCCAAGGGACUGCAAGUAGCAAUUGAUAUUUUCAAUAUGCAUCGCCGUACGGAUAUUUGGGGUCAUGAAGCACAUAUUUUUAAUCCGGAUAACUUUUUACCAUCAAACUUGGACGGUAAACACCCUUAUGCAUUCAUACCAUUUACGAAGGGAAUUCGGAACUGCAUUGAUUGAAAAUUUGAUACGAAGCCAUGAAGAGGUCGCCCUAAUAUCGGUCGGCGUUUUUUUGUGCGAGCAACGUAUGGCAGCCAAAGACAAGGCAAGGAGUACUCCCAGGAUGCGAUGACAUACGUGCGAAAUUAUGGAUCGCGGUCAAUCAGCAAUCGAUCGUCACGAUGUCAUAGGACGACUUUUCAAACAACCGUUACGAUGUUUGAUGGUGCUGUUGGAUGCUAAAUGUACUCUGUUGAGUGGCAAAAGAGAGGUUUGAUGCACGUACAAAUUCUUCAUUGGAUGGUGGUUACACCAGAUCAAAUUGAUGAAAUCAUUUUUGCGGAAAUCCCUGAUGCAGGGAAAGGUCUAGUAUUAUACGAAAUGAUGAAAACCAAUAUGGUUCAUGGACCUUGCGGAUAAUAAAUGCACAAAACACUUUCCACGUACUUUUCUUUCGGAAACACAAACUAGAAAUGAUGGAUAUCCACUCUAACGACGGCGUCGCUCACCAGACGACAAUGGCAGAACAUUCAGCAUUCAAUUUAGAAGAAUGAAUAUCGAAUUUGACAACAAAUGGAUCGUACUAUAUUCACCAUUAUUGUCUAAUUCACAUUCAAAACUCAUAUCAAUGUUGAGUAUUGCAGUGUGGUGAAAGCGAUAAAAUGCGUUUGUAAUUACGUCACCAAAGGAAGCAAAAUGGCGGUUAUUGGUCUUAAACGUUGCGGUCGAUACGUGAACUGCAAUAAAACGCUUUGCUAUUCCGGGCGUUGUGCUUCUCGCAGUUAAUUUGGAGAAUGGCCAAAGGGUGUAUUUCAACCCAGAGAAUACUGUACAGCCAGUGGAAACACCGCCAGCAACAAAAUUAACAUUUAAGAGUUUUUUCUCAACUUUCGUCAAUGAUCCAUUUAAGAGAGCAUUGUUCUAUUCGGAAAUACAUUGGAAUUGGAAAUGGGUCCAUUCCGGUUGAUACUUCCGGUGGUUUGAUAUCAAUUCCAUCUGCCGUUUAUCAAUUCACGAAAGAUGAACUCACUCACCACCAAUGUUCGGACAUUGACCAUAUUAUCGUAACUAUGAUUCCUUAAGUCCACGCGCAAUGUUAUCUGCCAAAAACACCGAUGUUGUUGACUUAAACUGGAAGAUUCAAAGUCAAAUUCCGGGAGACUUGCUCUCAUACAAAUCGACCGAAACUGUGUAAUGGAACUCGAUUGAUUGUGACGCAGCUAUCGAAUACAAGGAGGCAAGGAGGAUUCCUUUCAUAAAUUCCGAAUUCCUUUGAGUUCUAACGAUUUCAAAUGUAUUCCGUUUCCAGUUAAAAUUGCAUUUAAAAUGACAAUCAACAGGACACAAGGAUAGUCGCAUAGUGUGUGCCUUAAAUUUGGAAAUGCUAUGUUUUUCACACGGCCAGAUAUACGUGGCGUGCUCACGAGUUGGAAAACCAUCUUUUGGGUACACCGGAACAGAAACCAAAAAAUGUUGUUUGUCAAGCUGCGUAUUGAAAAAAAAAUGAAAUGAAACGAUAAAAUCAACUUUUUUUUUCAUUUCAAAACACAUAAUUUCACACAGGACAACGGCUGCGGUGCCAGCUAGUCUUAUGAAGGUCCUCUGCCACACCUUAUCAAGCGCCUGAGCCACGUCUAGAAAUAAAGCUGAACAGAGAGUACCUCUGUGCUCAAAUGCUUUUCUUAUUUCGAUAGUAAUCCUAUUUACUUGCUCUGUCGUGCUAUGUUUUUCACGAAACCCGAAUUGGUGCGUUGGUAUUAUAUUAUUAUCGUCGAGAAAAAGAGACAUCUUUGAUAGUAACACUUUUUAAAAUAUUUUAGAAAGACAGGGUAGAAGACUUAUUGGUCUGUAUGAAGACGGCUGUGUUAAGUCUUUCCCAGGUUUAUUUAUCAAGAUAAUCUGCGACCUUUUCCAUGAAUUAGGAUAGUAUCCGAGAUUAAGAAUUGCAUUGAAGAGCAAAGAGAGCACUUUUACAGCAAUAUUUGGUAACUAAUUAGAAUUUUUUGGGCAUUAUCAUGUCCUGGGGACUUUUUUGGGUUAAGUUCUUUUAUUAUUCUAAUAAUUUCAGAAGGUGAAGUCUUAAAAGACUCGAGUGACUCGUUAACUGUGUUGGGUAAGUUGGACAAUUCAAAGUUGUUCUUUGGGCAAUUCGGUUGAAAUACCUUUUCUAGGUGAUUUGCAAAACAAUUAGCAUUUUCCUCGUCACUUCGAGCCCAAUUUCCACCCAUGUCUCGUAUAGGCAUGUUGGAGUCAGUUUUUUGGGCUUUCCAAAGGGAAUUUCGUUUGUUGGAAUUUGUACACAGCUUCUGUAUACUUACAUAUAUAUUUUGGUAUUGAAUUCUUCCUCAAGUUUAAGCGUUUUUUUUAUUUACGUGAAGCAGAUUUCAAUUGAAGCUGGGUGGAAGGGGAGCGAUUUAUGUGCCAUUCACGCCUUGCACGCCUUUUUUCAUUUACAAGCUUUUCUAUUUCUCUGUUAGUGAUUUUUCUAGGUCCAAGCGGAUUAUAGUUUUUGUUUGGUGUUGCUAAGACAGCUGCGCUAGUUAUUAAAUCAUUGGGUUUUCGUAUGUUUUCGUCAAUAUCUCUUCCUGUAUUUAUUUUGUACUCAACAUUAAUGCGGCUACUCACGUAUUUUUUAUAUCGGGUGGGCCAUAUACAAUUUUAAAUUUAAAAAGUUAAUUAAAAAAAAAAAACGGCUCGAUAUUUUUCAAAGGUCUCACAUUUAUUUAAAAGGUU